AUGAGUCUUUUUCAGGGUGGUGACUUUAACUAUACAUUCAACAGCUACAAGGCUUACGUAAAAGCAUUAUAUCGGUCACAAUUUACAGAUCUAUCCGCUUCUUAUCUCUGGACAUGGCAAACAUGUACCGAAUUCGGUUUCUACCAAACAACUGACUACGGAUUCAGUAUUUUCGGAAAUCCGUUACCGUUAAAUUUCUUCCUGCAGCUGUGCUCAGAUCUGUUCGGCAAGAACAUCAUGUACUCAGCAGCUAUUAACCAACAAGCUGUGCUUAAAACGAAUCAUCAAUACGGUGGCAGAUAUAAUUACAAG